CGGCCUGGUCUCGGUUUCUCCAGGCUCCCAGAAAGCAGCUUUCAGGGUAAUGCUAUUAACUGCGGCUGGGGAAAGCUGCUCGGCUGCGGUGGACGCCGCUGUUACAGACCGCUGGGGAACCUGCAGACUGUGAGCUCUGAAAGGUUGUGAACAGCUGGCGGCUGGAGAAGUUCCUGGUGGAAGGUGCUGUCGGAGACAGGGGCAGUUGUGGGUCCAACGGGGUCCCACGCCUCUCCCGAGCUCCCUCCGAGGGGAUGUGGAGAGAGCCCUCCCUGCUCCUGAGCAUCCUCCUGGAUUAGAGCAUCCUCCUGAUUUGCAGGCUCCUGCUUCCCUUCCUCUCCCUCUCUGCAAAACUCCCUUCAAACUGAUUUUCCACCCGUCUUCCUUUCAAAUCAGGAGGUAGUUCAGAAGGCGAUGGAAUGAUUUCCCUCUUCCACAAGAAGUGGAAGAGCAGCCCACUGACAUGGGAAGUAAGACUUCUUUUCUGAAUUCCUAGGAGAGUGCGGAGAAUUGUGGUUUGCUGUUCUCCUGCCGUAUGCGACACAAUGUAAAUACACAUACAUGCAAGAUAAGCCACACAGGAUUGCAGACUAGCGACCUGGAAUGAAACAGUGUUUAAGCUAAAACAACUAUUUUUGAAGUACCAGUGUUGUGCUUUGGCGUAUGCUGUUGGGUCUCAGCUCAAUUAUUUCAGCAAUCGGGACUUUAUGAGUAUAAAAUCUUCGGUGGUCUUGCUGACUGUCCCCCAAAACUGUGUGCGGAUGUCUAUAUGGAUUUAGAUUUCAGAAAACAAUGGGAUCAGUAUGUUAAAGAAUUGUAUGAGAAAACAUAUGAUGGUGAAAAAGUAAUCUACUGGGAAGUGAAGUACCCUUUUCCUCUCUCAAACAGAGAUUAUGUCUACAUUCGUGAAUGCCGAGAGAUGGAUGUUGAUGGGCGGAAGAUCUGGGUUGUGUUAGCUCAAAGUGUAUCUGUUCCUCAGUGCCCUGAAAAGCCUGGCAUUAUCAGAGUUAAAAGCUAUAAACAAAGUCUGGCAAUUGAAAGUGACGGCAAGACUGGAUCUAAAGUCUAUAUGUACUAUUUUGAUAAUCCUGGUGGCAUGAUUCCAUCGUGGCUGGUCAAUUGGGCUGCCAAGAGUGGUGUGCCUACUUUCUUGAAGGAUAUGCAAAAAGCUUGCCAUAAUUAUUCUAAGAGCAGAUAGGUCAAAGUUGAUCUGAAUUGUUUAAUUCCUAGAGCUCUGCACUUACAGGAGUGGCUAUUAUCUAUUACACUGGAUAAAAUCUACCUCUAAUAUUGGAAAUAAUUUUAUUUUAGUUGGUUUAUGCCUUCAGUUUUAUUAGAUCUUUGUUUCCCUCUCCAAGUGAAGAGCUAGCCACUGACAAGGUGGCAUCAGCUGCAUCCUUUUGAAAGUUUUUCAGUUUAGCCUUGUCCCCUAUGCUUUGCUUAUACUGAUUAUCAUGUGUCAGCUAGAGGAGUUCUGUUUAUUGAAAUAUUACAUCCUCUGACAAGACACAACGAUCUUGCUAGGAAAAAUGUCUGAACUUGGACUGAAAAUUCUCUACAUGUGUUAUGCCUGGAUCUGCCUUUGUGGCCUUGAAGGGUGGCUUCCUACUUGAAUUUAGAUAACGGAUCGAAUUGAAUAAUGGAACUUGCAUUGCUUAGGAGGGAACACUUUUGCUACCCAAGUUUGUCAUUCUUAAAAUGUCUGCCUGCUAUAAACGUAGAAAAUGCUGAGGGCAUAUAGGUAAAUUACUACAAGUCUGCAGCAGGAACUAGAACUCUGUAUUACUAAGCUUCCUUGUGAUGGCUUUACAUCCAGAUAUAAAAGGACUUGUGCCUAAAACCUUGCAUUCACAUCUCAAUACCCCGGUAUGAAAAGUAAAAACCAUUAGCUGUGUCCAGAUGAAAAAAAAAAAGUUGGAGUUGGCUUGCACGUCUGAUUUAAGGGGAACAACUUAUAUCUUCAGAGUUGGUAGCCUUAUCUAUAAAGCAGUUUGGAUACCAGCUUUAGGUAGGAAGUAAUUUUAAACUGGAUGCCCGCACCUGAAUGUGAAUGAACUUGAUAGGAAACUUGGGCUUGCUUGCAUUCUUAAAUUUCAUGCUGAUGUAAAACUGACGCUGUAAUUUUGGAUGGUAAUCCACUAAAAGCACACCUGAGCAGGAAAUUAAAUUUCCAGCAUGUUUGCAGGGGAUGGGGGGGUGGGGGGGAUGGAGUGCAUAAAAGGUGAGAGAGCUUCAGUCUCAGGGAUUUAAAAUAUUCUGCAUCAUUGCUAAAUCUAAUCCUGUUACUGAACAAAUCUUGUAAUGGGGUAGCUUUGUCUUGUUAAAAAAUAAAUGGUUGAAGUGAUUGCCUUUAUACUUUAUGUAAAUAUUUGUUUCCAAUAAAUCAUUAUUCUAUCCAUGCA